AUGCCAUCUCCUCCAAAGCCUUGGGAGCGUGCUGGCGUUGCAAAUACGGCAAAUAAUGCAUCUGCAAUAACUACAGCAGCGCCAAAUGUUGCCCCCUCGGUCGCAUCGUCAUCGACCGUCGUUGAAAACCCCACAGCGGGGACCGCACCCGCCGUUCCAGCCCGUCCAGCAUCGCUGACAACACCUGUAUCGACUAGUCUAGCCUCUAGUAGUGCAUUGACGAGCGCUGGGGCAUACGGGAGCAUGUACUCGUCGCCUUACAACCGAUUUGGGAACACCUACUCACCUUUUGGAACGGGCUAUGGAGGCUACGGAGGAUACGGGGGAAUGUACUCUUCGCCAUAUAGCACCUAUGGAUCUCCAUAUGGAGGCUAUGGCUAUGGAGGGAUGCCCGGGAUGAUGCCAGGGAUGCCCGGAAUGGAUCCCUCACAGUCGCUGACGGCUCAACUCUCCAACACGACCGCACAGACGUUCAAUCUCCUUCACAGCAUCGUCCAGACGUUUGGAGGAUUCGCGCAAAUGCUCGACUCGACGUUUAUGGCGACACACUCUUCCUUUUUCGCCAUGGUCGGCGUGAUUGACCAGUUUGCGGCAUUACGCGACGUUCUAGGCCAAGUGCUUGGUGUAUUUGGUCUCGUUCGAUGGGUCAAGGGUGUACUGUCCGGCGAGGGUGUCGUCCCACGAGGAGCGUUGAGUCAAGAAUUUGAGGCGUUUGUCAACCAACAGCCUGGAGGAUCCAAGGGUCAACCGAAACCAUCCAAAAAACCCAUUAUCGUCUUCUUCCUUGCCAUUUUCGGCAUCCCGUAUCUCAUGCACAAACUCAUCAAGCGGCUCUCCGAACGCCCACCCGUCCUCCCCGAUGGCACCCUUCUCUCCCAACAACAACUCUCCCUCACACAGCCAGGCGCUACGCUUGACCCGUCAAAACUUACAUUUGCCCAUGCAUUGUACGAAUUCAACACCUCUUCCCCACAAGAGCUCGCGCUAAAGAAGGGAGACAUUGUCGCCAUCCUCUUGAUGACCGAUCCAGUUACGGGUAGUCUGGAGACGGAGUGGUGGCGAGGACGGACAAGAGAUGGACGCGAGGGUUGGUUCCCGCGAAAGUUUGUCGAGAUUAUUGUCCGCAAGGGCCAGGAGUCGCCCUCUGGAACAGAGGCCAAAAAAGUGGAUUGA